AUGUCGGCUCGUUUCACUUCGGCGACGGCCAUCGACUUCACCGAGCUGCUGUCCACUUCCGCUCUGCGGCGGCUGCGCGCGCUGUGCUUGCCGCCCUGCGGUAUGCGGCAGAACUGCGCCGUGAGCCGGCUGGCCGUCACCAUUGGCGAUAUCGAGGACCUGGACAUCCGCCUUAACGUGGGCGGUCGCCACCAAACCUGCGAUUCCUGCAGCAAGCAGCUGCUCAUCCAAACUGCGUACGCGAGUGUGUUUCGCGUCAAGACGGGGCAUGGCCGUCUCACUCUCUGCAACGUACCGAACUUGGCCUCGCUGGACUUCCUCCGGAACUGCCACGUUGCCCAUCUCCGGUACGUCGACAUCGACGACAAACCGCGCUUCGAUUACAUGUCGCUCGCAAAAGCCCUGUGCGCCGACGUUCACGUCUCCCUCCGCUCUCUAGUAGUCAAGUUCGGAAACAUCGAUUUCUACGACGCGAACUUCACGACUUCCCUGUGCACUGCGGUCUUUCUGGAGCGUCUGUGCCUGCUGUCCGACACUCGGCUGCCGCCGCGCUUCGCCGAGGAGAUGAUCAAGGAUGGCCAUCCAACUACCGUCCAUUUCCUACCUGCACAUUCACUACGUGGACGAAGUGGGCAAAGAGGCCCGCCUGACGUGGAUUCGCGUGCUCGACGACUCGGCUGGCAAGUCGCAACGGGAACAAGUUAUCGCCGGGAAACCCUGCAUCAUGUGCUCCACCCAGACGUUCAUCGCACUCUCAAAACCGCGUCGCCGGGAACUGUAGACCAAGCAGCGGACGUAGACGCCAAAGUUGGCCGCAGGACCAGUGGCUCAGUCCUGAACUCCCCCGCCAAGUGA